AUGAAUAUAACUAAAAAUGAAGAAAUUUCAUUGAAUAAAGGGAAAAUAAUUAAUAUGGAAAUGAUUUUAGGCGAUAUAUUUGAUGAAUUAAUAUAUGAUUUUAAAAAAAAAUUCAUAGAAAAAAUAUUUCCAUUAAUUGAUAAAAUAAAAAAUGAUGCUUUCAUAAUGAAAGUCAAUGAAAAUAGGAAUAAAAUUAACAUUAUUCAAGAACAUGAGAAGAAUAAAAAAGAAUGUAAAUUAUAUAAUGAAAGUAUUUUAGAUGUAUAUUUAAAAAGUUUUACAGAUGAUAAUAAAAAAAAAUUACUGGAAAAAUUGCAGAAAGAAAAAAAUGAAGAGGACAUUAACAAAAUAUAUAGAAAAAUAAAUUAUGAAAAUGACCUAAACGGAAGGGUAGAAUUCCUAAAUUCAUUGGAAAGUGAGAGUUCAAAUGUUAGUACUCAAGAAAAGGAAAUAAAAAAGAAAGGAUCUUUUAAAACAAAAAAUGAAUUAAAUAGUAAAUUAGAUAAGGAAAUAAAUAAUAAAUCAGAAGAAAGUAUGGAAAACAUUAAUUAUUCAUCAUCUACUUCUGAUUAUAAGCAUAAACAUAAGAAUAUUAAUCUUAAUGAAAGCAUAAUUCAACCUAUAAAUUCAAAUAAAUUAAACAAUAUUGAAAAUUUAAAUACAUUUAGCCAAAAUAAUAAAAAAAAUAAAAAAAAUUAUUCUAAUAUAAAAAAUGAAUAUAAUGUUAAAAAUAUGAAUUCGGAAAGGUUUUUUGAUGAAAAUGAAAAUUAUUUUCAUUAUCAUAAUGAUAGAAUAAACUUAAAUUACCAUAAAACAUCUCCUGAUAAAAUAAUAAAAAAUAAUGAAGUAAAAAUGGAAAAUAACUAUAAGGAUGAACAAAUUGAGAAGUUAAAAACAAUUUUUAAUUCAAAAUCUUUUUUAGGGAACAGAAAUAAUAAAAUAAAUUUGAAUGAAAAAUAUGAAGAAUUAGAUAAAAUAUGUGAAGAAAAAGCUGAAGACAGUAACUCAAAAUUAUCCUCAAAUAAAUUAGAAAAUUAUAACAUGAAAAAUUAUUUAGAUGAUGAAUUAAAAGAAAAGAAAGAUUUGAACAAUUGUAAUGAACAUGAAUUAUUUUGUAGUAAAAAUGGAAUGCAAAAUAAAAAAAUAAAUGAAUCAAAAAAAUGCGAACAUUUAUUUUUUGAAGUUAUCAGAGGAAAAAGGAGGAAGAAUUUAAAGGGAUUUGAAUGCGAAGACUGCAAACUAUUUUAUAAUGAAUUAUACUUAGAAAAUCCUAAAUCUGAAAUACUAAAAAAAGAUAGAAGAAAAGAUGAAUUUCUACUAAAUGGAGAAAAAAAAAUGAAAAUAGAAGUUCAUAAUGAUACUCUUAAAGAAAUUUCAAUCAAAAACAGUAAUAAAAAAAGAGAACUUGAGGAAGAAAUUUAUAAUCAUUCUAUGAAUAAUAAUGAAAAAAAAAUUAAUAAAAACAAUGAUACACUAAAUAAAAAAUAUAAUAAUAAUAUUCCCCAUAAAAACGAUGAGACAUAUUAUAAUUAUACUUCUAAUGAUAGUUUUGAUAGUUAUAAAUACAAUGAUAAUUAUUCAAAUGGAAGAAAUAAAAAUUAUAAUUUAAUAAAAGAAAGAAUAAAAAAAGAAAGUAAUAGAAAAGAAAAAGAAAAAAAGAAAAUGGUUCAAUCUUUUUCACGCCAUAGAUAUCAUAGUAAGGUUAAUGAUUCACCACAAAAUUUCUGGGAAUUUGAUUUUUUCAAAUAA